CUCGACUCAAGGAGAUAACAUCGUUUUAUUUAGUCCAUCCGAGUAGUAGAACUUAAUAACCACUUUGUACGGUUUAAGUACCACAGUUAUUUUGCAUUCUUUGGUUCUUGAUCGUUUUUAACAACAAUUUCGAGAGCAUUAAUAUUGUUGUUAGGAGUUUUCAAUUUUUGGAUUGAUAUACUAUUAGCUGACACAAAAGUGAGUGCUCUUGUGAUUGUCUUUGUCGAACAGAAAGAAAAAGAAAACCCAGGCCAAAUAACCAAAUAAACGUAACCGAGAAAAGCCCAUCAACGAAGCAUAAUGAAGACAUCAUCUUUUUCACUGAGAGUGAUGCGAAGGGCGCGCAGUGUCAGCACAAGUAGCUUUAGGAGUCUGAGUCAGGCACGUAAUAAACCUGCAGAUGGUAGCGGUCAUUUGACUCAAAAACAACGUGAAAAAACGCCAUCUGGUCAAAAAGGAGGAGCACCAGCAAAAGCAUCGGCUCAUUCGGCAAAACAGCCAGCUCCGGCCAAGCAAACUGCUUCGAAUAAGAGUUCGACACAGACUCUUUACAAGCCUCAGCCGAAACCGAUACCGAAACAGAAACCAAAGAAGAAGAAAAAUCAACAACAUGACUUGAUUGUGACAAUCGACUUGUCGGAGUAUGGUUUAUCGGAAGAGGAAGUUUCAGAAUUCAAAGAAGCAUUUAUGUUAUUUGACAAAGAUGAAGACGGAACUAUUACUAUGGCUGAGUUAGGUGUGGUCAUGCGGUCAUUGGGUCAACGACCGACAGAAACUGAAUUGAGAGACAUGGUAAACGAAGUGGACCAGGAUGGAAACGGAACAAUAGAGUUCAACGAAUUUCUGCAAAUGAUGUCAAAGAAAAUGAAAGGUGCCGACGGCGAGGAUGAACUGAAAGAGGCCUUCCGAGUGUUUGACAAAAAUAAGGACGGUUUAAUAUCAUCAGUAGAGUUACGCCAUGUCAUGACAAACCUUGGCGAAAAAUUGUCUGAAGAGGAGGUGGAUGAUAUGAUCAAAGAAGCUGAUAUGGACGGUGAUGGAAUGGUUAAUUACGAUGAAUUCGUAAUGAUCCUGACGGGUAGGAACUAGUUUAAACUACGCAAUCGUCGAGUUAACUCUGAACCCGAAUCAAAAUUGUCAGCAGACGAAAAAACAGACAACAGAAAAUGAUGAAAUUAAAACUAAAAACCAAAAAAAGAGGAAAAUCUUAAUAAAUAAAGGAUUAUAAAAAAUUAUAUAAAAAAUAUAGAUAAAUGUUAUAAUAUCUCGACGAUUAUUUUAAAAUGAGACGAUGUGAAACAUCCAGAGAAAUAUAUAUGUUGAAUGUAAUAAAUAAAGAAGUGAAAUAUAAAAACGAAUAAAAAAGAGGAAUAAAUUAAUUAACUAAAAAAAAGGAAAUAUUAAAAAUGAAUUAAAAAUCAAAUGUAUUUAUCUACCAAAACAAAACAAAAAAAUUAUAUAUUUUAAAGAGAUUUAAUCUAUUAUAUUCAGCGACAAUGAACUGUUUAAUGGGACUAAAAAAAAAUCUAUUAUAAAAUACCAACUAAAGGAGAAAACAUUAUAUUUGAAUGAAAAAUUAACAAAAUUAACAAAAUUUCUAGUAAUAAUUUCCAUUAAGAGUCGAAUUUAUAUUAUUACGGCGAUUUUAUGAUUCGCUAUCUAUUUAUGCACUUAAUUUGGUACUUUGGAUAAAAAAGACAAAGAUAAAUAUUGAGAACACUAAAGAAUAAUUAAUAACAAAAAUAAAUGAAACAAACAAAAGUAAAACGUAAAGAAGUUCAUUACAAUUAGGUACAUAACCUGUAAGGCCUAUAUUACUUCAUGUUUUGUGUUGCUAAUGUGAACAUAUUAUAUACAAAAAUAUACCAACAUAUUUUUAGCUGCUAUAGAAGUAGAGUAACAGUGGUCAUUCCUAUUCAACAAAAAUCUUUCCUGUCAAAUAUUGUGUCACUUUCCGUUCACAAUAUCUUAUAUGCCUUUAGUUCAACUUUCAACGUCAUCCCAAUUUGCUCAUUAAUUUAAAUGCACUGAGAUUUAAUUAUCUACAUGAAAAAAGAAAGAAAGAAAAAUCUUACUCGCCUUGAUAAAAAAAAACUGUACUAAUUUUAGUCGAACGUCUUGAGUCUGAACAAUGUUAUAAAUUUCAUGCAAACAAAAUGUCCUUGAUCUAGUCUCGUCGACAUUUUAAAAACCUGCAUUUUAUUGAUAGAAUCUGAUUGUGUCUUCCGUUCGUUUGACGAAAAAAAAAACCGUAAAAACUAUGUGAACAGUUAGUUGUGUCCCAUUGUUAAUCGCAUAGAAAAUUAGUGCAAAAGAGCUGCACGAAUUUGUGAGAAAAUUUCAUACGUUUGCUCUCUCAAAGUCUUGCAUCUCUUCCCUCGUCUCUGCAUCUUUUCUAAUAAUUUUCAUUCCACUUCAACCAUCUGAAGCCAAUUUUUAAAGUGCCGAGAAAAUUUAACAAGUGAGUUGUAGGAAAGUUUGCGAUUGUUUAUAGGAACAUCCAUAAAUCCAGUCAGCCGGGGGAUUCGGUCAGUUUCAAUCUGCCGUCUUCGCUUUUUUAACUUCAUUUGUUUUCUCUUCUCACACGAUUGCAUUAAGAAACAAAAGAAGCUUUUUUCAUCUGUUAAAUUUCAGUAUACAAAUGAACUUAAUAAGGAGAAUAUUUAGGUCUUGGAAUAGGUUUAUUUCCAUGGGAACGCUGUCGUUUGCUAUAAAAACACAUAAUUCCGAUUCUGUUCAGACUCAAAACAGUAUCAAUAAUCUGCCUUUACAAUAUUUUAACAGCUAACUAUAACGACAAAUCUAUCAGGUUGGCUGCCUAACGAUAUAAUGAAAUUAUGAUUUGAUUUCCUUUACAAUCGUCUUCUUUUCAUCUUGAAAACUCGUUUAAACGACCACUCUUUAAAAAAAAACGUUGUGCUUCAAUCUAACAAAAUAAGCUGUGCUAUACAUACGAUCUAAGUAUAUAAAAAAGAAAUUCAUGUUAAAUAACUUAGAAUAUUUACAUUUUCUUUAUAAAUAUUUAAUAUUUGCAGAUAGAAUUUACGGAGAUCUCCCAUUUAAUUGAGUUUUCUUUUGCAUGGAUUCAAUUUGUAGUAAUCGGAUAGUAAACUGGAUAGCAUAGUUCUGCCAAUUGCACUAAAUCGAUUUGAUGCCGGAGUCGUCCAUUCAUAAUACAGUGGGAUUUUUUUUUGUUCGGAACAUAUUUGAGAUUUUUUAGAGCUUUAAAAGUCAUCGAUGUUCCCAGUCAAUAAAGUGUUUCCAGGUUAUGAUAUUUUGGCACAAAAUUUGAAAAUCCACUAACGAAUUCAAAUUUCCCGCCAAAAUAUCUUAGACUGGAAAGCACUUAAUUCACUGGGAACAUCGAUGCCUUUUAAAAUUCUGAUUAAUUUAAAAUCGUGUUUUCUAAAGACUGUAACUUAUAAAUUGUAUAACCAAGAAUGACCGAAAAUUUAAAAUUGGCUCUAAGAUGAAAUCCUUCCACAAACUUUCAUCGCAAUCAAACUUUUUAUGUGUUUGACUUCCUACAUUUGUUCCACAUCGUUACACAUAUUGUCAACAAGAAAAUACGUAAAGAGAGAGUAAGAGUCGUUGCACUUACUCCUUAGUGUCGAAUGGAAUAAAUGCGAAUAGGGACGAGAUGAACUAAAAAGUAAAAAAUUAUUUUGGAAUUCCUUUAUCUUCGUCAAAAAUAGAAACUAUUAAAGUAAGUAUAUCUUAUCCUUUGCAACUAUGAUAAAUGGCGUUGCAUUAGCUUAUUUGAAAAAUCGAAAUUUAUAUAAAAAAUGCCACUACUUUUGAGGUCUUUCUUCAGUGGUAUUUAUCGGCCGGAUCAAACUGUAAGGUGCGCUAACACUAAAUUUAGUUCAUCGCCAAUUUUUCGUUUAAAAUGGUCUAUCAUGUUGAAACAUACUCAAUUGAAUGCUAGAUCUCGUCUAAAAAAAAAUGAAAAGGGAAAAUUUAUUUUAAAAAGUAAAUUAUUGAAAAUAUUCAACACAAAAAAUAAAUAAGUAGCAAACACACCUCGUAAGGUGAAUACUUUUAAAAAAACUUAAAAUUACUUAAAUA